AUUUCUCCGGAAUAGAAAGAACCGAUGAGACUGUCCUUUUUUCUUCUCUCUACCGGAAAAUCCAUCUUUUCCCGGUUACAGUGUUUCUCAUGUCCAACUCGGAAUCCGCUAUUAAAUUUAAAUUUCAAACACCGUCGAGGCGUCGGCACAUCAUCACCUCUUAUAUAUAUAACUUGGUAUCGCCAGAGGUUGAUCGCUUUUUUGCCGGAGAGACGGAGAUUACAUUACUAUGGUGAAGCCUACUAGGAGGAGUAGCAGCAGCAAUCCCACGAGAAACAGUAAAUACGGUGUCUUCGAUUUUGCAGAGGACGAGGCACUUGUCGAGAAGGAAGCUCAGAAAAAGUUGUCCAAGUAUUCCGCAACUGAAGAUGUCGACAAGUACACUUUCCUCGAGUGCUGUAGGUUCUCUUGCAACCUUUUUUAGUACCGUAUUGGUAUGCGCGCGUGUGUGUGUGUUUUAUUCUUCACAAUUACUUACAAUUUUAUUUAUCAUAUCGAGUUAAUGUCUGAUUGAUUUUGGUGCGUGGCGUCUGGGUGAUUUAGUUUUAGUAUUUGCUUUGAGUCUGCAUGUUGACUGAUUAGUGAUCACGAAUUCUAAUUUGGUCGGAAGUGUAGCUUAGUGAUCAAGGUCAUUUGCUUGCAUUUAUUGAUCUUCAAGUUUGAAUGUCUUCGUAGUUGCUGGAGGGGAGGAGAAGGUUGGAGAUUCCUUAAAGAAGGAACCUCUGGAUGUUGACCAUUAUUACCUUGUACAGGAAGAGGCAAUCCUUAAGUUGGAUGCUGUUUUAUCUUGUUCUUCAGACUGCGAAGAAUUGGGUCAUUUUCCAGCUGAUGUCAAAGACUCGGCAUGUUCUUCCCCUGGGAAGCCUUCCUGCCCUCGGGAAGGCAGAAAACUUGGAGGUUUAGUGGCUAAUGAAAAGCAUCUACAGAGCUUUCAGCCUCUAGCUACAUCUAGUGUAUUUAUCUUCUUCUUUUGGUUGUUCUUCCCAUUGGAAGCGAUGAUUGCAUCAGUAAUUUCUAAUCUCAAACUUUUGCAGAAUCAGCCACUUUUUAUUGAUUCUGAUGAUGAACAAGAAAAGAAAGAAUCUCCAGCAAGAGUGCUGAUCUGUGUAGAUUCAGAUGAGGAGCAUGGGAACUCGGCAACAGAUUUGGUAGAAGAACAGCCAUCCAGCCAUGAUUCUAAUGCACAUCAGUAUGAACCAGCUGUGGUUGUAAAACCUGAUUGUAUUUUUUGUGGGAAUAUGUAUUGUACAGCUUCUACAAUGACUUUUUCUCCCAGAUCCGUUAGGCUAGAAGGCUCGUUUAAUCGAGUAAACAUAUCUUUUGACUUCAACUGGCCAAUUUCGGACUUUGAGAAAAUAACCUGCCUUUGGUAUAAAGAAGUGGAAACUGUUGUUGUGUCACUACAUCUCAAGUCUUGGGAGGAAAAAGUAGCUGAGAUUGACAAGAGGUUUUCAGAAAAAAUGGUCGCAGAUCAGUUGACUUUUUCUGUCAAUGACCCUAAGUGGAAAGAAAGACAAGAAGAAAUCGAAUCACUUAAUCCAAGAUACAAAAUUAUCCUGACUACCAUUCUCGACAUCGAUUUUAUAUGGAGUGAAUUUUCAUCACCAGGACAGAAAGGCAUCUACGUUUCAGAGGAUUGUGCUACUAAUGAGGUAUUGGAAGACUUUGUGUAUCCGAAAGGGGAUCCUGAUGCUGUCAUCAUUGGCAAGAAAGAUGUGGAGUUAUUGAAACCGGCCACAUUUGUCAAUGACACGAUAAUUGACUUCUAUGUUAAGUACCUUUGGCAGAAAAUGAGUCCAGAGCAGCAGCAUAGAUUCCAUUUUUUCAACUGUUUUUUCUUUAGAAAGCUAGCUGAUUUGGACAAAGAUCUGUCAACAGCUUGUGAAGGAAGAGCAGCCUUCCAACGUGUCCGUAAGUGGACAAGAAAAGUGAAUCUCUUUGAAAAGGAUUUCUUGUUUAUUCCUGUGAAUUUCAGGUUUGUGACUAGUUAUAAAACCUUAUCAAUGUCUUGGUUUUUAUUGGUGCUAUCUCUAACAUGGAUGAUCACAUAUGACAGCCUACAUUGGAGUUUGAUAGUUAUUUGUCACCCUGGAGAAGCGGCUCAUUACCAAAAUGACGGAGUGGAGGCGUCAUCCAGAGUUCCAUGUAUCUUGCACAUGGACUCUAUCAGAGGACACCACAGAGGGCUCAAAAAUCUUUUCCAAAGUUACUUGUGGGAAGAAUGGAAAGAGAGGCAUCAUAAUAUUUCCGAAGAUAUUCAUACAAAUUUCUUGAAACUGCAGUUUAUCAGUCUAAAGCUCCCGCAGCAAGAAAACUCUUUUGAUUGUGGGCUUUUCCUUCUUUAUUAUGUGGAACGCUUCGUGAAGCAGGCUCCUGUCAGCUACAACCCUUCUAAUGGAAACUUCCUAAACCAGGAUUGGUUCCAACCUGCAGAAGCUUCAAACCGACGUAGUUACAUCAGAAGUUUGAUUUAUCAAGUUUGCCGUGAGAACGCUGAGAAACAUCCUCCAGAUGAUGAUAAGGCUUCUUCAGACAGUAUAGUUGAGAACAAUGUUGGUGAAGGAUUUCGACGGGAAACAUGGGAUGGGAGAUACAAGUAUCGCGCUGAUUAUUGUGGAAGUGAUCAGAAAAAAGUUGCAACACCUGGAAGCACUCCAACGAAUUUGCGGAGACAAAACUUAAUCCUUGCUGAUGACUCAUUUAAUCAGAGCUGCAAACAUUUGUCUCCGAUAGAGGAGGAGAAAGCAAGUGCAGAGAAAACGGCAUUAUCGUCAACAGCUGGCAACCGAAAUGCAGCUGCCUCUGUUUCAGGAGUUCCAAUGGUUUUGGAUGAUGAAAGUGUGGAGACUUUUAACAACUCACAAAUAGCACCAGCUUUACAGGAUAAAGAAAAGCGUGUCUCUGAAGUGGAGGAAUUGGCUCCUGAAGAACUUGCGGUAUGCAUCAUUCCAGAUUCUCAGGAAGAAAGUUCAAACAUGGUUAUUGACUAUGAUGCAGAUGACCAUAGAGAAAAGCUAGUCCCAGAAGUGGAGGAGUUGGCUCCCGAAGAACUUGCACUCAGUGACGUUCCAGAUUCUCAGGAGGAAAGUUCAAACAUGGUUAUCGACAAUGAUGUAGAUGACCAUAGAGAAAAGCUUGUCCCAGAAGUGGAGAAAGAACUUGCAAUCGUUGACGUUCCAGAUUCUCAGGAGGAAAGUUCAAACAAGGUUAUGGGUGAUGAUGCAGAUGACCAUACCCGGGAAGCCAUAGGUACUGAUCACUGUAAUUUUAGAAAUGAUUAUACUUGUACUGAUGAAAGGGUAGAUAACUCUAAAACAGACAAGGCCUCCUCUGAAAACAAACAGUAACAUGUGUUGGGUAGUCUGAGGAAGUAAAAUCGUAAGAAUCUCGCCAUACAGUUUUUGUUCGUAAUUGAUCGUGCUUGAUCCUUAUGCAUGUGUAUAUAUAACUCGAAUUAUUCUCCAAUUAUUUAGAUUAUUUGUUAAAAGAUUAGAGAGUUUAAUCUAUGUUGUGGCGCAGAUUCACGAGGAAGUUAUAAAGGGCUGAUGAGAGGGUUAUACUUAUUUGAGAAGGGUUGCAUGAAGCUUUUGAAAGGCUGAUGGUGAAAGGCAAGUGUGAAUAGAGCUUGUUAUCUAAUUUAUUUCUUUUUAACAUUUAGAGAAGUAUAAUCUAGUUAUUUUGAAUACGAAUAUGGUUUGAUUUUCUUUUAUGAGGAAUUUAAAUCAAAUUUCUUUACUAAUUUAAUCAUGCAUUUAUGAAAAAAAGUGAUGAUAUAAGUGGGAAAAAUUACAUUAAAUACCUCAUUUCAUGUACGGAAUUCGACUUAACCUUUGUGGACAAUUAUCUCAUCUUAAUUUAUUUGAAUUUUUUUUUUUGUUUAUCUACAACGAUGGAAAUGUCAGAUCGAAUAAAUGUAUUCCAGAG